AUGGAACCCUACGAGGCCUUGUAUGGGCAGAAGUGUAGAAGCCCUUUAUGUUGGGAAGACUUGGUUAACCCCGUGACUUUGGGACCACAGAAUUUGCAAGAGACAACAGAAGAGAUUAAGAUAAUUCAAGGAAGGAUGAAAACCGCCCAAGAUCGCCAAAAGUCUUAUGCUGAUUUGGGAAGAAAGCCAGCUAAAUACCAAGAAGGAGAAAAGGUUUUGUUGAAAAUCUCACCAACCAGAGGAGUAAUGAGGUUUGGGAAAAAGGGGAAAUUAAGCCCCAGGUUUAUAGGCCCUUAUGAGAUCCUUGAACGUGUUGGGAAGUUGGAUUAUCGUUUAGCUCUACCUACCAAGUUGGAUCGAGUGUAUGAUGUUUUCCAUGUAUCCCAAUUGACGAAGUAUGUACAUGAUGCCACCCACGUUCUUCAACCCGAGGUUGUGUCUUUGGAUGAGACCUUAUCUUAUAAAGAAAGGCCCAUGAAGAUUUUGGGCACCAAAACAAGAGAAACUCGAAGGAAAUCGGUAAAGUUGGUGAAAGUGUUGUGGUCGAAUCAUGAGGUCGAAGAAGCGACUUGGGAAAUGGAGGAUGUGAUGAAGGAGCGCUACCCAGACUUGUUUAUCUCAGGUACCUUAGUUUAA